AUGGAAAAAUCACUAGAGCUUAUAGACGUGUUGGAUACGCAGAAAAACGGAAAUGUAGACCAAAUUGUUGUCAGUGGUGAUAGUCUUCAAUCCUGUUCAAAGGAUUCCUCUGAACCUGGCAUGGCGCCAGUAAAGCUACGAGUUACUGCACAGAAAUCUAUGUUUCAAUCCGCAUUAGGAGGAAUCAUUUCUUGUCUUGGAAGUGCAGUGGGGACAGGAAAUAUCUGGCGAUUUCCACGAAUUCUGGCAUCACAAAGUUAUGAUAGAGGAGCUUUGACGUUUUAUAUUGUCUGGUUGCUCAUUUUAUUCCUCUGGUCUAUACCGAUUAUUCUGGUGGAAUAUUCAAUCGGGCGAUUCACAAGAAACUCAGUCACAUUAGCAUUUUGUAAAUUUUUUGGCCAGAAAUCUUUCUGGUUAGGAGGUUGGAUGGUUUCAGUCGUCUUCUUCUUAAGUGGUUACUAUCCAGUAGUACUUGGCUGGUGUAUAUACUAUCUCUAUAUAUCAUGUUCGGUUUCAUCCUUACCAUCAACAGAAGCAGAGGGUUUGCAAAUAUUCAUCAAUUAUACACAGGAGACUUACUGGCCAGUAUUCACGCAAAUUCUUGCAGUCACACUCAGUGGUAUCUGUCUAGCUGGUGGAAUCAAAUGGAUUGAGAAAGCCAACAUGGUUUUAGUUCCUCUUCUUUUAUCAAUUGUGAUUUUUACAUUUGGUUGGUCAUUAACAAGACAAUAUGCGGAGGUUGGGAUUUCGUUUCUUUUUACACCAUCAUGGAGCAGUCUUAAAGAUCCUAGUCUAUGGAUUGCUGCAGCUGGACAGAACGCAUUCGAUACCAAUGCUGGAAUGGCUGUUUUGGCAACCUACUCCACUUUUAUGGCACGAGACUCCAGAAUCGUUUCGUACAGUUUUCUCAUCCCUAUUGUAAACAACGUUGUAAGCUUUUUUGCAUCCAUUACAAUUUUCUCGACUGUAUUUUCAACCAUCAUACAGACGACUCCGACAGCCACUCGUUCAGCUAUUGUAAGGAUUAUGAAAACUUCUGGCCCCGGAAGUACAGGACUUACAUUUACCUGGAUACCUGUAUUAUUCUCGAAAGUUGGUAUAUUUGGUCGCGUUUUGUGUGCUUUGUUUUUCUUAUGUCUUGUAUUUGCUGGAAUCAGUUCAUUACUAUCAUUAACUCAGGUAUACGUCCUCUCGAUGAAAGAAUUUAAUGUUCCUCAUCGGCUUGCAGUUGCUAUUGCUUUGAUUGCUUCCAUGCUUGUUGGGCUACCCUCAGCAAUCAGUCUGAAUUUUCUCACAAAUCAAGACAAUACAUGGGGCUAUGGUCUGAUCGUAUCUGGUUUCCUGUUCUGUCUAGUUGUCAUUAUUUAUGGGCCGAAUCGUUAUUUACGUGUGCUGAUAAAUGACUAUGGGUUGAAUGAUUGUCAUUUAUCAGUAGCCUGGAUACCUAUAAUUGCGUUUCUUGUACCGCUACAGUCAAUCACACUACUGGUUUGGUGGAUUUAUGAUUCUGUAAGGAGUGAUCCUUAUUGGUAUCACUUAAGUUGGAGUUCUCUAUCUACAACACUAUUAGAAUGGGCUAUUUUGGUGGUGAUGCUUUGGAUACUGAACUGGAUACUUUACAAAACAAACAUACUGGGUGCAGCACUGAAACGAUCAGGAGGAUGUGAUCCAUACGAUCCAUCAACUUAUGCGAAUACAGAUACACUCAAGGAGAAUGGAAUUGAAGAGAUGAAUGAAUUCAACUCGAGUAAUACUGUUCAAACCCGACUAUAA